AGGGGUGGGGAAGUAGAUGUAUAUAUAGCCCCUGUGUCCAGACAGGCCCAGAGUGCACACCAAGGACAGCGACGUUGAGCAGCACUCACUAUUCCUAGACCACGUUCCCAGUGCUGCCAUCAUGAAGCUUCUUGCAAUGGUUGUACUGCUCGUCACCAUCUGUAGCCUGGAAGGAGCUUUGGUUCGGAGGCAGGCAGAGGAGCCGGGUCUGCAGAGCCUAGUCAGUCAGUAUUUCCAGACCAUGACUGACUAUGGCAAGGACUUGUUUGAGAAGGCCAAGAGCUCGGAGAUUCAGACCCAAGCCAAGGCUUACUUUGAAAAGACACAAGAGCAGCUGACACCCCUGGUCAAGAAAGCUGGAACUGAUCUGAUGAACUUCUUCAGCAACUUAAUGAACCUUGAGAAACCAGCUCCUGCUGCUAAGUGAGGCAUCGGACACCAGUCUUCCUAUUCCAGCUGUCCCACUGGCCUGCCCUAAAGCCCUUCUCCUACCCACUGGCCUGCCCUAAAGUCCCUCUCCUGUCUUCUGCCUGUUUUCUCCAAUAAAUGAGGAAGGAGUCAAA